AGAGUCUGCCGAGCAGAGCGCCCCCGCGCCUUGUCUUCCCUCGGCUCCCGGCCAUGAGCUGAGAGACGCUCCGGGCGAGGGGCGGGCGGGCGGGCGGGCGGGGCUGGGUGGCGGAGCGCCGCGCGUCUCCUGGUUUCCGCGGGCGGGCGCAGAGUUGCCGCGCUUGGCGGUGGCGCCGAUCUCCCCCCCCCCCGCGGGCAGCUGGCCGGGAUGCCGGGCGAGCGGCAGGUGCAGGAGAAGGUGCUUCAGUACGAGGCCUUCGUCAGCGAGGUUCUGCAGAGGGACCUCCGGUGAGUGUCUCCUUCCCGGGCGCCUCUCCCGCCGCCACCCCCGGCUGUGAGAUAGAGCGCCUCGGUUUCUUUUGCUCCGCUUUCUGCUCGCGCUUCCAGACCGUUGUUGGUGUUUCUCCCCAGGAAGGUUCUGGAGCAGCGGGAUCAGGUCUAUGAAAAGAUGGCUCAGUACCUGCAGCUCAAGAAUAUUAUUGAGCGGUUGCAGGUAACUAAAAACUUCUUUAAGUUGUUUACAGCACUUUACACAGAAAGAUCUGCAGCAGUGUUCUGCGGGGGUUUAGAUGUAGGAGACAGCAGGGUUACUUACUAUAACAGCUGUUUUACUCCAGAGAGCAGAGAUCGGUAAACGUUUCUUCCUUUUCUCCCAGGAGACAGGAAGCCAGGAGCUGACAACUCAAGUGGAUCUAGGCUGCAAUUUCUAUGUCAAUGCAGAAGUGUGAGUAGCACAAAGACAGAGCUCAUCUGUAUCCAUUUUCACAUGUAUUCUUGCCCCUUGACUUCCUGUCUGCUCCAGUGACAGGAGAGACCUGUCUUUGAUACAAAAAGUAAGGAUUAUGCCUAGGGCUGGGUGAUAUAUAAAUAUAUUGUCCAAAACUGGUUUGAAAUCCAUAUUGUGAUAACUGGCAAUAUAUCAUGAAUCAUGGUGUGUCUGCUAUGCAAAAAUCACACGGGGGGGGGGGGGGAUGUGAAGCCAGCCAGUGCGUCUCUUGAUUCCUGGAGCCCCUGUUAACUCUUAACGGCUCAGCUCUCCCCUGCCUCCUGCAUUGGGCGGUGAAUCACAAUGUGGGAAAAACCUUGAAGUCAGGCAGUUCCUCUACAUAACUCCAUCCUUGUUUCAGAUAUCAUGAUAUAUUGCUGAUAUAUCAUGAUGCUGAAAACCAGAUACUGCCUGGCCCUAUUUAUGGCAGGGAUGGGGAGCCACAGUGCCAAAUGGAUUUUCCAGGCCUCUUUGUUUAUUGCAUUUGUAUACCACCCUUCAUCCGUCGCUCUCAGAACAGUUCACAACAUAAAAACACAAUAUACAUAAUAAAAACAAGAACAGAACAAACCAAUAACUCCCCUUCCCCCACCCCCUCCCACAACUUAUUUAAAUGGGUAUUGGAUGUUAAAUCAGCCAAGGCCUGGUUGAAGAGGAAUGUUUUCACCUGGCUCCUAAAGGUGCAUAAUGAAGAUAUCAGCUGAACCUCCCUGGGGAGAGCAUUCCACAAAUGGGGAGCCACUGCAGAAAAGGCCCCUUCUCAUGUUGUCACCCCCUGGACCUCACGUGGAGGAGGAAAACAAAGAAGGGCCUCAGAAGAUGAUCUCAGGGUCUAUCUGUCCUAAGGAUUCUCCCCAGACCACACCCAUCACCUGACCUUCUUCACACUGUGAAGGGGCUCCGUUUCUCCUCCCGCUUCGCUGAAGGGGCACUGACCAGAGAGGGAAAGCUGCGCAGCACCUCUCCAGCGAAGCGAAGCCAGGAGAGCAAGAGGGAUCGAUCCCUCUUGCUCUCUUGGCUUCAGCGCAAGCAAUACGAAGCCUCCUGAGCACAGCGGGAGGCUCCCGCUGCGCUCAGGAGGCUUCGGGCGGCUAUCCCUGAAGCCAGGAGAGCAAGAGGGAUCGGUGUGCACCGAUCCAUCUUGCUCUCCUGGCUUCAGCAAAAGCUGCGCAGCCUGCAUUUGCUCCAUAAGACGCACACACAUUUCCCCUUACUUUUUAGGUGGGGAAAAGGGUGUCUUAUAGAGCGAAAAAUACGGUAGUUCUCCAUUGAAAAAGGUUCUGCACAUCUCCUUCAUGGCAUCCUUGUGUGUAAGGAAAGUGUGACACUAGGAUCCUAAAAGUUGAGAAAGGGCAGAAGGCCAGUUAAUCCAGCUCCCUCUAACAAAGCAGGCAUCUCUGGAUAAUCCUACUCAAUCCAGAUUAUGUGCCACAAUCAGAAAGCAGAUGUGUUGUGUAUGUGUAUGUGUAUGAUGUUUUUCAAGCUUCAGAUGCCUCAGGCAGGCAGACAAAUUGUGCUUCUUGCUGAGGGAAGCUGAGGAAUCUACUAUGGAGGGGGAAGUAGAUAGCUUUCCUCAUUAUUGGAACAUCUGUCAGUCAUUGAAGGCAUAUUUUACCUUUGCCACAAGCUAACCAGGUAACCCAGCAUAUCUCAGUCUCAGUCUCCCAUCGGCAGCAUGGGGAUAGUAACACGGCCUGCUUUUCAGAGUUAUUGUAAGAUUUAGUGGAACAAGCUGUGUGAAAUACUUUGGACACUUUCACUGCUCUAUAAAUGUUAUUCAUGAGAAUGUGAGUAGCAUUUAAGGAGGAGAAAUCCUUUAAGGAGGAUUUCAGCUAACUGAAUCAGGCUGGGCUAACUGGAUCAGGCAGUGGUGUGUGGUACCAAACAGUGAAAAAGUUCCUGAAGUUCUGUAAAUGCCAUCUUGGUAGUCAAGAUAACAACAGGAUUAAUGGUUGGACUACGCAGAAUUAGAUAAAUUAACAGGAAGGAUUUGAAACCUGCGGGACCAGAAAUUCUCAGAAGACUGGAAUAAAUUUACGAACUAUUUGAAAAGCAGUUGUGAUGAACAGAUUAUGCUAGUAGGUUUGCAAGAAGUUUUGUAAGGGGAAUUAUUUGAAAUAUUGCAAGAAAGACAAUGAGGAGAAAUAUUAGUUAAGGAUAAUUAAAGGUAAUACGAAAUUAAAUGCAUAAUAAGUGAUAAAAACGGAAAAUAAUCAGAGGUGUUGACGGAAGUCUAAAAAUAUUGUAUAAGAUGAGAAGUUAUGUUCUAUGACUGUUGGAAUUGAUAUGUUAAAAAUUAAUAAAAAUGUGUGUGUAUGUGUGUGUGUGUGUGUGUGUAUGUAUAUAUAUAUAUAUAUAUAUAUAUAUAUAUAUAUAUAUAUAUAUAAAAUUGUUAUUUGCUGCAAGAAUGAGCUCAUAUGUACCUAUCUGCUUGCUUAGAAGUUUUGAGCCUUAGUUUUGAUUUAGCUAGUCAGGAGACUAGCUGCCUGCCUGUCCGCUACUUCCUUUUCUGAGAGAUGGGUGAGAGUUGGGAAGGAGCCUCUAAAUUAGGGGUGAGUUAAUUGGGCUGUUGAGGCCAUCUAACGUAGCUUGCAUUUUGUAUAUUAGCCUCUUGCGUACAAAUUAUGAGGAGGGCUUGCCAUUUUCACUUUUUUCUAAUAAAGCACUAGAAUUGAUCACUCUAGCAUUUUUGGUGGCCCUGGAUCAAACCACUCACACAGAGACUCCUUUGGGCUUGUGGAUCAGGACAAGUGGAAAAGGGAGAUCGGCUCAAUCUGUGCAGAAGAAACUAGGAAACUCUUUCAAGGAGGAAUGGCAGGGUAGCUGCUGUAGCUCAGGCUCAACCUUUGCAAGGCCAAACACCUCUCUACCCAGCUGGUAUAAGUAUUUUGCCCUUGGGAAAACAGUUGUUUUCUCUUUCAAGAAAAAAAAUAAACGUUCAUUAAACAUAUUCGUUAAUUUCACCAUGCACCCAAUAUCCCGUAUUUUUAGUAAUCCAUUCUUCCAAAGUAAGUGUUCCCAUUUAUACUCAGUGGUAUAAAUUCAUGCCAUUUUAAAUACCUUUUCUUCCUGCAGGCCUGAUGCCUCCACCAUAUUUGUAGCACUGGGUUAUGGGUUCUUUGUGGAGUUGACUCUUCCUGAGGCGCUUGCCUUCAUUGAGAAGAAGAACAAGCUACUAACAGAGUGAGUAGAAGGAAUUCAGUUGUCCCACUGUGCCCCCCAUGCUAUCCAAGGAAUCUUAGUUGGCAGGCCUCACAAGAGCACUCUUCAAUAGCUUACGGUGACGAUCUCUUGCAACCAAUUAUCUGGCUAAUGCAAGCAGACCAUGCUUUGGGAAUGCAGAUGGCAGGAGCCCCCCAAAGCAAUGAGAAGAGCCAGAAAAGCACAGGUGAGAUCUCUUAGAUGGAAACAAGCAAACUCUGCCCUCUCUCUCCUUGUGCCACUUAGUCUGGAGCAUGUUUGUUUGAAAGUAAAGUUCCACUGUGUUCAGUGGGCUCAGGCAAAUUCCUCGCGGUAUAGCAUGUUGCCCUAAUUUGUGAAUGGUCUAAGAGUCUUUAGAUCAGGCUUCUUCAACCUCGGCCCUCCAGAUGUUUUGAGACUACAAUUCCCAUCAUCCCGACCACUGGUCCUGCUAGCUAAGGAUCAUGGGAGUUGUAGGCCAAAAACAUAUGGAGGGCUGAGGUUGAGGAAGCCUGCUUUAGAGUUUCAGGCUGCAUCCACCCUCCUUCCUUACCCCCAAUUUCUUCUGUCUCCAACAGACUCAGUGAAGCCCUUACCAAAGACUCUGCCAAGAUCAAAGCCAAUAUUCGGAUGGUUUUAGAGGUAAUGAUGGGUGUUCCUUGCUCCAAGCAGACAGAUUCCUAUUGGGCAGGAAUCCAGCAAGGGAAUGAGGAAAGCAGCAGAAAGUUGCAGCCUGCUUUUCCUUGGAGUGCUGCCUAUGGUGUGGGAAGCAUGUUUACUUCUGGUGCAUAGGACUGGCUGGUGGCGCUGGGAUCUAAACCACUAAGCCGCUUGGGCUUGCUGAUCGGAAGGUCGGCAGUUUGAAUCUGCGCAACAGGGUGAGCUCCCUUUGCUCUCCCAGCUCCUGCCAACCUAGCAGUUUGAAAGCAUACCAGCAUGAGUAGAUAAAUGGGUACCGCUGCUGUGGGUAGGUAAAUGGCAUUUCCAUGUGCUCUGGCACUUGCUGUGGUGUUCUGUUGUGCCAGAAGCAGUUAGUCAUGCUAGCCACAUGACUUGGAAAGCUGUCUGUGGGCAAAUGCCAGCUCCCUCAGCCUGAAAAGCAAGAUGUGCUGCACCCCAUAGCACUUAACUUAUGGUGCAGUAUGAAAGAGAUGCUCUAGGAAAUCAGUAGACAAUCCUAGGCUCAGACUGUCUUUCUCCCACUCCCAACUCCUCUCUGCAGGGCUUGCAUGAACUCCAAGGUCUCCAAGAUUUGCCUGAGGAGACCAGAAGGGACAUCUUCCUUUAGGCACCAGCCCUUCCUAGAGGGGACGUUUUCAUUGUGAUAUGCUGGAAGAAGAGUUAGUCUCUUGGGCAUUUUGGUGGUGGCAGCAGGAACUGCGUUUGUAACUGAGGAAACCCUUAUGAGUUGGGUAGGGUGAAUGUACUUACAGGGACAGCAGAUUGGAGAGUUUGAGAGAGAACAGUUUCUCUUGGGGUGGUUGAUUUCACUGCUCCAAAUAUUCAACCCUUCUCUGCCUCUGUUUCCCCAGGAACUGUGUCUUAGUAUAAGUUCAUCUCAAUUUGCAAAAGUAAUAAAUAAAGAUGAUUAUUCCAC